AUGAGGAGGUAUACCACUCAUAGCGUCAGUCGGAGGUCUCUGACUAAGGGGAACAUGGCAGGGCAGGAGGACAACCCUCUCGCCCAGGAUACGGCCUCUCGAGUCAGUACCUUGAGCGAGGGCUGGCAGCGCGAGUUCUACGGGAAGCCCCUCUCUGAGCUGACGCGGAUGUCGCGCUCCGAAGACCAAAGUUCGAUACAUUCUGGAAAGACGGGGUCGUCCUCUGGAGCGGGGGACUCGCACAGCCAUUAUGGAAGGUCGACUGAGAAAUCCCCACAGGGGGUGUUGUUGCCGUUGAUUCACCCGUACUCGAGGGCCCGGCGUGAUGUGAACGUGCUGGUCGCAGUCUGCCUGCUGUAUGUUGCGAUUGUGUUACCCUACGAGUUCUGCUUCAACGUGCACGUGAAGGGCUACUGGUUGAUUGCGGACAGCAUCGUGACCGUCAUCUUUCUCUUGGACGUCCUUGUUAACUUUCGGACAGGGUUUGUUCUGAAGGGCAAGCGCGAGGUGAAAGACGGCCUGCGCAUCCUCAUGCCCGCCAAGAUCGUGAUGGAGCCACGUGCCAUCGCCCGCCGCUACGUAAAGGGCUGGUUUACCAUCGACUUCCUCUCGUCCUUCCCGUGGGACUUUCUGCUGUUUGCGCCAUCGGUCAGCAGGCGCUACUGGGUGCUCCAGGUCCUUCGGGCCCUCAAGAUCCUGCGCAUCCACCGGCUGAGCAUCGUGCGCUCCGAGCUGCGCGAGACGUGGUCCGCAGGCCAGCGCGAGUUCAUCGACAUCUGCCUCCUCUUCUUUCUGACCCUCUACUUUUCGCAGUUUCGCGUGCGCCUCUUUGUUGCGGUAGGCAAGCUACAGCAAACACCUGCAGCGGUGACCCUCUACUUUUCCCACCUCUGCGCCUGCCUCUUCGUUGCGGUCGGCAAGCUGCAGAGCGAUCCGCAGCGGUGGUUGGAUCAAAGCCAUUACGACGACCACGGAGAGUCUGGAACUCUUUCGGACGCUCCUGAGAUUGACGUGUACAUAGCGUCCAUGUACUUCCAAAUGAUAUCGUUGGCGACGGUCGGGUAUGGCGACAUCCAUGCGGGAAUCACCAUUCCGGACCGCGCGUUCAUGACGGUGGCGGAUCUCUUUGGGGCGCUGCUCAUGGCAUAUAUCGUGGGCAAAAUCUCAUCGAUCAUCAUCAUGAAGAGGGACCGUCGAUACGCCCUCCGGGAGCGCUUCGCCACGUUGCACACGUACGUCGCGCGGGAGCAGCUCCCCGAGUGGCUCUCCACGCGCCUGAUGGUCCACCUGUCGCGCCAGUGGAGCUCGCAGAUCAUCGAGUUCAGCGAAGUCGAGCUGAUCAAAGACAUGACGGACGAACUGCGAAGCGAGAUGCUGAUUCAUUGGUGGCGCAAGACCAUCCCGUCCAGCGCGCUUCUGCCGCACAAGCACGGCUUCCUAGCACUGCUUCUCGCCAAGUGCAAAAUGCAGGUGCACCCCCAGCGUGAAACCCUGACGCGGGAAGGCGAGACCGUGCGACAGCUGUGGAUUUUGCGCGCCGGCCAGCUGGCGGUGUCGCGCUCGGUGGCCUUGAACGAUCUUGACAUCACCACGGCUGGAGUGAGUGACGAGGAACCGUCAGAUGAAGACACCCCCCACGACCCAAAAGACGCGGACGCGCGCCAGCUGUCCCAAAUCGCCAGCUCCAAGCGCCCCGACCAGCGGUACCUCCGUCGGUUGCCUGCCUACAACUGGGCGGUGGACCUCGAUCGGGGCGACCAGUCAGAUAAGGCGCUGGUUACGGAGAUGGCCGCCCCGGGCACUAUUAUCGGCGAGGCGCCGUUGGUGCUCGCGUUGGCGCAAAAGGUGCUGAAGGAGCGCUCGGCGAAGCACGCCGGGGCCAAGGGGAAGCGGAAGCUGGCGGUGAAGGCAAUAAAGCAAGACGUGACAGUGGAGUGCAAAGCGGAGUGCAGCGUGUUGGUGUUGCUGCUGGACGACCUUUUUGAGAUACUGGACCAGUACCCCUCCCUGACUCACAAGCUGAAGAAGGCAAUCAUCCGGGCGGAGAGGCACACGAAAAGGAACGAUACUACCUCUAGCUUCAACUUGCCGCGCGAAAGCGACGGAUGAUGGCCGGUCAAGCGAGUACCAAUAGGUGAUUUUUUCUGAGAGAUCAGUCAUUUACAUGCAGGGAACCUCAGCUAGAGGCUCUGCAGAGUUGUAUAUAAGUAAUUUUGAUCGCUAAAAGAGCGAAGCGUUGCAUGUUUGUAUCGAAGUUAUAUGCCUAUUUACCGUACUAAGAUCUAGCGGAUACGAACCCUGACUGAGUGUACUUAAGUAUCGGGGCGCGAACGGAGCUAAUGAUUGUUUCAAACAAUCGACUAAAAUUUAAGCCUAAGUUAAAUUCAACUCAAC